UGUUUCAACUCUCGCCGUUCAUCGGCUGCCAAGUUCAGGUUCGUCGCUUUACCCAUCGUUCAAUUCUUUCCCGACAGUCGUCUCGUGCGGACGGCUUUCUCAAACCGAUCGUUUCCCGAGUCCGUACCGAGCUUCCAACCGUGGCAGGUAAAAACCGUGGUGUGAAUCGUACAGUUCUGUGCACCUUGCCAGGAGGAGAUACCUGUCUACCGCAACCGGGCUACCGAGAUUGGUUUGCCUGCUUUGGAAGCGCAAACGGGUCGCAUUCCUAGCGCAGCGCACAAACGGCCACCACAACAGCCCGAACGAAUCGGGAAGCAACUUUUGCUGCUCUUGUGUCCUUUUCGAAGGUUUAUCGAAAAAGUGUGUUAGAGUGUCUCCUUUUUUUGUUGUUGCUUUACUCCUGGUGUGUGCCUGUACCUGUGCAACCGAACGAAAGACGCGUAAACAUAUACGCUGGUACGGGUGGUUCCUUCUUCAGCUGGACAUCACAAAAUCGUUUCUGACCGUGGCUGGCUGUGUCUUUAGGCGACAAAAAGUGAAAUCGUAGCAAUCGUUGGAAAACUUUGUCGAUCAAGCAAUUUUUGUUGCUGCUGCUGCUGCACCUUGACAACGAUCACCACUGCUGACAGCGAAAUUCUUUAAACGCACUUCUGCUUCCUUCGCCGAGGGUAAUUGACCGACGGGGGAUGUGCUGUGCUGUGCCAGCACAAGAGUAAGCUUUUCAAGUGUAUGCGAAGAUCUCGCAUACUCGCUUACAGGUCUUCUGCCCGAUCUUCCUGCGAUUCCUCCCCCCCGGGUGGUGCGUACGUAUUUGUGCUCGGUGUGCGUGUGUUUAUGUGUCUGUGUGUAAGUGUGUGCGGCCGUUCCCUUCCCGUGAGAAGCGUAGAAAAGAUCCGACCGACGAAGGAGCGCGCGCGCGCGCGCUUACUCGAGAACGUUAACCUGCUCCGGCUUUAAUUGGCCAAUGUGUAUUUGCUGAAAUUGUGCGCAGAAACCACCGGACGAUCCUUCCCCACUUCUGCCUUUGCUGCCAUCGUUCGCGCUAGUUUCGGUCAGCAGCCCCAGCAGCUUCCACGGGUGCGUCUUGCAAACACCGGCAGCAGAGCAUCAUCAGCUACAGCAGCAACAUGGAACAGCGGUGGAUUUGCUAUUUGGCACAGUUGAUUACGCUAUUGCUUCUACCCGCGUACGGUCCACAGUUCGCCCACAGCUCCUCCUCACCCCGGGGGCACACCCUCUGGUCGGACGGACCGACCGCGCGGGAUGGAACGGGUGUGGAAAAGUGUUCGCCUAGCGGUAGCCUCAAGUACCUGUCCGGCGAUGCGCUCACCGACAGCCCGAACUGUCUCGGGCCCAACAACGCACCGUACCCGGCGAAUUUGGUGGCGCGAACGUUUUCCAACUGGACGCCCGGCGGUUCGUCGCGUCGCGGCCGUAUGAGUCAGUUGCCGACGCUCGAUCCGAAGCUGACGCAGCGGGCCCUGCUGCAGGCGUACGGUGAUGCUAACGAGGCGGCCACGCUCGAGAGUGCCCGCACGAGAUACAGUCGCUCGCUGGACAGCAGCCAGUGCCGGGAUACGCCGUCACGGCUGUGCAAAACACGCUACAACACGACCGCACCGAUGUACGGUGUCAGCCUCACUUCUGGCCAGCCGGUCACGAUCGUGCAGAAGUUCCCCGAUCUGUUGCAGCAGGUCGUCUUCGAGGUGUGCGAAUCGUCCGAAUGUGAUGUCGUGCGUGGCGAAUGCACACAAACCUACGUACCGUACCUGUUCCUGGUGAUCCCGCUCGGUCCGGUCACGCUCACCGGCCAGGACUACGUGCUGGUCGAGAGUGGCUGCGUCUGCAAACCGAAGUACGCGACCGAAAAGCCACGCGAAACCGGUGGCAACUUUAUCCCGUAGGAGCCACACCCAUUCUUCCGCCGCUGAUCUGAUCUCGUUUCGUUGGUGAGGAUCGCGCGUACCAUCUGGAAGGAUGUUAUCUGGAAGAACAGGGGAGGGCAUUUUGGGACGAUGGGAAGUGUGUGUGUGUGUGUGUGUGUGUGUGUGGCAAACACCAGGCUGUUAACACCGUGGCGCGAUAUUAAGUAGGGCAGGCUUGGACAUUAAAUUAUUUGACACGCUUUUCGUCGUAUUUCGCUGAUAGAUGCCCCAGCCCGUCAUCCGGUACAUUGCACGGUACAUAGCUAAACGGUCACCGAAACACCAGCACAGGACUAUAGGUUUGAGGACAGUUAGUGAGUUGUGAGACUAUCAGCAAACAACACUACGACUAUAGGAAUAGGUUAUUGGAAAAAAAAACAAACAUUACAACAGAGAAAGGAAGGGAAAAUAAAACAAAACUGGCCGUUUGUGUGUGAGAGGCGAGGGCGCAUUUAGUAUACCUUUUUGUAAAUACAAAAUAAAUAUUUCUAUUCGAUUUAACAAA